GUCGGAUUUACAUGGAGGUGGCUCGGCACGGAUGAGGCUGGAUUCCGGAUGGGGAUUUCCAGCCCCCCCUCCCCGCGCCCCGAUCCCAGGAAAGGGGAGAAAAAUAUAUAAAAAUCGGUAUAAUUGGGAAGUGUCCGGAGCGCUAUUGGGAGCCCUCCCGCUCCCAGCGGCUGGGAGAGCCGGAGGAGGCGAAUCCAGCGGAUUUACAGCUCCAGCUGCGAUUGCGGGAAAGCGGCUGUGAACUGGAUAUAGACCUGCGGCUAACUGGAUUUGAUUUAUAAGAGGGGAUUCUGCAGUAAAUGGCUGCUCUCUUCAUAUUGCUGCUAUGGAAAACAGAAUUGUCAAUAGGAUGUAGUCUGAUAAAUAGUGCUGAGUGAAGAUGCAGCUUCAAUAAGUGUGAAAUCAAUGGAAGAUACUUACCGCAUGAAAAGCCUUUUGAGAUUUUUCUGACAGGCACCUAUUUAGGAAACUUGAUCUGUUUCCUCCGGUCGCCCUGUUUUUACACCAGUGGAUACAAAUCAGAUUGCUUCACUGUAGAUACACAACUAAUGUGGGACCAUGGCCUUUCCAAGAUCCGUGUGGCUGAACUGUGUUUGGAGAGCGACGGCGGUCCGCCUGCUGCACACGGGAUUCAACGCCACUUUUGCUUUUUCUAUGCUUGGAUUUUUGCUUCACGCUGCAGCCGUGUCCUCCCAAAAAUUGGAUGAUACCAACCCAGUCGUGACCACCAACUUUGGCAAGAUAAGAGGGAUUAAGAAGGAACUUAAUAAUGAAAUUUUGGGGCCCGUUAUUCAGUUUCUCGGGGUUCCGUACGCUGCCCCUCCAACAGGGGAGCGCCGCUUUCAACCUCCUGAGCCUCCAUCUCCCUGGGCAGAUAUCAAAAACACCACCCAGUUUGCUCCAGUGUGUCCCCAGAACAUUAUAGAAGGCAGGUUGCCUGAAGUCAUGCUUCCUGUGUGGUUUACUAAUAACUUGGAUGUAGUUUCAACCUAUGUACAGGACCAGAACGAAGACUGCCUCUAUUUAAAUAUCUAUGUCCCAACCGAGGAUGGUCCCCUUACAAAGAAACAGACAGAUGAUUUAGGUGAUAAUGAAGGUGCUGAAGAUGAAGACAUUCGGGACAGUGGGGGACCUAAGCCUGUGAUGGUGUAUAUUCACGGAGGGUCCUACAUGGAAGGCACUGGAAAUUUAUAUGAUGGCAGUGUUCUAGCAAGUUAUGGGAAUGUGAUAGUCAUCACAGUCAACUAUCGCCUUGGGGUACUUGGAUUUCUGAGCACUGGGGACCAAGCAGCAAAAGGAAACUAUGGCCUCCUUGAUCUAAUUCAAGCUUUGCGAUGGACUAGUGAAAAUAUUGGGUUCUUUGGUGGUGACCCAUUAAGAAUAACUGUUUUUGGAUCUGGGGCAGGCGGUUCAUGCGUCAAUCUGUUGACUUUAUCCCAUUAUUCUGAAGGACUUUUUCAAAGAGCAAUAGCUCAAAGUGGAACAGCUCUCUCCAGCUGGGCAGUUAGCUUUCAGCCUGCAAAAUAUGCCAGGAUGUUGGCUACAAAAGUUGGUUGCAACAUGUCAGACACUGUAGAACUGGUAGAAUGUCUACAGAAGAAGCCUUACAGAGAACUUGUGGACCAGGACAUUCAACCAGCGAGAUACCACAUAGCCUUUGGACCAGUCAUCGACGGCGACGUGAUACCAGACGACCCUCAGAUCCUGAUGGAACAAGGAGAAUUCCUCAACUAUGACAUCAUGCUGGGAGUUAACCAAGGGGAAGGGUUGAAGUUUGUUGAAAACAUCGUGGAUAGCGAAGAUGGCAUAUCAGCCAGUGAUUUUGACUUUGCAGUUUCUAAUUUUGUCGAUAACUUAUACGGAUACCCCGAAGGCAAAGACAUAUUGAGGGAAACUAUUAAAUUCAUGUACACAGACUGGGCAGACCGGCACAACCCCGAGACCAGAAGGAAAACACUGCUGGCUUUGUUUACUGAUCACCAGUGGGUUGCACCAGCGGUGGCCACAGCAGAUCUUCACUCCAAUUUUGGAUCGCCUACAUAUUUCUAUGCCUUCUACCAUCAUUGCCAGACAGAUCAGGUACCUGCAUGGGCGGAUGCAGCCCAUGGAGAUGAGGUUCCUUACGUACUAGGAAUCCCCAUGAUUGGUCCUACUGAGUUAUUUCCCUGUAAUUUCUCCAAAAAUGAUGUCAUGCUGAGUGCAGUGGUGAUGACGUACUGGACAAACUUUGCAAAAACUGGUGACCCAAAUCAGCCAGUGCCGCAAGACACAAAAUUCAUCCACACAAAACCAAAUCGUUUUGAAGAAGUAGCAUGGACCAGAUAUUCUCAGAAAGACCAGCUGUAUCUUCACAUUGGAUUAAAACCACGAGUGAAAGAACACUAUAGGGCCAAUAAAGUGAACCUUUGGUUGGAACUGGUACCUCAUCUGCACAAUCUUAACGACAUUUCACAGUAUACCUCUACCACAACUAAAGUGCCAUCGACUGAUAAUACUUUCAGACCCACAAGGAAAAAUUCUGUUUCAGUUACUUCAGCCUUUCCUACAGCCAAGCAAGAUGAUCCCAAACAACAACCAAGCCCAUUUUCAGUGGAUCAAAGGGACUACUCAACAGAAUUGAGCGUUACUAUCGCAGUUGGCGCAUCUUUGCUGUUCCUGAACAUUCUGGCCUUUGCAGCGUUGUACUACAAAAAGGACAAGCGGAGACAUGACGUCCACAGGAGAUGUAGCCCACAACGUACCACUACCAAUGAUCUCACCCAUGCACAAGAAGAGGAGAUAAUGUCCCUCCAAAUGAAGCACACUGACUUGGAUCAUGAAUGUGAGUCCAUCCAUCCACAUGAGGUGGUUCUUAGGACCGCCUGUCCCCCAGACUACACGCUAGCUAUGAGAAGGUCUCCUGAUGAUAUCCCCUUAAUGACACCCAACACCAUCACAAUGAUCCCCAACACUAUACCAGGGAUUCAGCCCCUACACACAUUCAACACAUUUACCGGAGGACAGAACAAUACUCUGCCCCAUCCUCAUCCCCACCCCCAUUCACACUCAACAACCAGGGUAUAGCCAGACAAGACGAAACAAACUUUAUUUUUUGAUGGAUUACAGUAGGUGAUAUUACUGAAGAUUACUUGGCUUUCAACCUACAAGACUCUUACUAUUUAAAUAUGGAGGAAUAUUAUGUGAAUAUACAUAUCAAGAACAUUUGGGGUUUUGAAAAAAAUGAAUUGUACAUAUAUCAAAUGAACUUAAGAAAGAAACAAAACAAAAGAAAAAAAAAAGAAACAAAAACAAAAAACCCAACUGUUUGCAAUUGCUUGAAGCAGUUGUCCUGAAUGAUACUUUUUCAUUCACAUUCAAGUAUUAAUUUUUUGAAGAUUUAAGUUACAUAAUGGAAUUAGGCAUGUGCAACACAAACAGGAAAGAACUAUGACUGAAAAUUUUAAAAACCUAUAAAUAUGCACAAGGGACACACUAAUGGAAUGUCAGAUAAUUUUCACCAAUUUUUAUUUGGACCUGUUUUCUUGUGUAGACCAUAUUUACAUAUUUGAAUAAGUACACAAAGCACCAAUGCUGUUAAGGCCUUAGAAAGGGGCUCAUGCUGAAUUCUGCCAGUCAGAGAAGUUUUACAGCCUGGCAGGUACAACAUUAUCACAUAAGUGCUGUCAGUAUAAAAGUUGUGGGAAUAAAGGAAACUGGAUAUUUUUAGCACGAUGUGCAUGAUAAUUUAUAUGCUUGGUGGCUGUGCUGCUGAUUAAGCCGUAAUUAAAAUUCUUCUCAUCCCAUUGGAGUUUUUAAUAGAAGCUUUCUCCAUCAAUUGGCACAACCUAAAGAAGUUUUUUAAAGAAGCAAAAGUAAUUACAGUACAGUAUUUCAUGGUAGCCUGUGAAAGAGAGGGGAUUGCAACAGUUCUUAAAGGUAUUUAUGGCAUUCUAGAUAUACAGUGGUGGACCCUCACUGAGAUGAAUCCCAGACAAAAAAAUGUAUACUAUUAAUGUUCUUUUUCCUUUCCACCUAAAUAAUUUCUAACUUUGAAAUAACUAUAAUGGAAUUUCCUUUGAUGAAGGAUUUAUAAUUUGCUGUGAUUUAGUUACAGAAUAUUUUGUUCAAAUUAGUAAGGUAAAGUGUGUCCAAAAAUUUAAUUGCAAUGACAUUUUGCCAUUUAAAAAUGCCCCAAUAUUACUGCUCUGAUUACACCUUUCAGUUUAUUGUUUCAACUCAUGUUGCAUGUUACAAAGUUUAAUUAUAAUACUUUAAUAUAAUGUUAAUUCCCUUUUUGCUAUACAUCAGCUUUGUCAUUCCAAUUAAUUCUCUAGACCAGAUGGCAAGAGUGUAGAAAAAGAGGGUCUAUGAGAACGGGUAGAGAGCCAACAACUGGAAAUUUAAAAAUCUUGAUAUUACAUAUGUUUGUGUGAUUUGAAGUGAAUGUUCUAAAAUCACAAAAAAUUUUUCAUUCCCCUGUUGCUUUCCAGUAAUUCUAUACCAUGGUCCUUUCAAAACGUUUGUAUAUGUAAUCAGAUGUACAUUUAUAUAAAAGAAAUAAUUGAGAUGGACUUAAGAGCACAUCCCUGAUAAAUACUUUCUCUCUUACCUGUACUAUAUUUCUAUUAGACUAAAGUUAUGUGAUUUUUUUUUACAUUUUUUCAAAUUACUAGCAAUUUUGAUAGUUUGUAAGAUAAUGCGAAGAACUUUCUCUGACAAACUAACUGCAGUAACAGAAACAUUUCUUUUCAGUUACUCUUUUUCAAGAAUGAAAGCUUAUUACACACAAAAAUUGUAUACUACUUGAUGGAAAAUUACUUUGUAUUUCUUGGCCAUAUUACUGGUCACUGAGUGAAAUAAAGAUAAUCUGGAUAACGAA